CGGGCGGGGGCAGCCUACGAGGGGCGGGAGUGUCCCUGCGUGGAGCGGGCCGACCCGGAGUUGUGUCAGUGAAGGAAUCUAGCCCGGGGGCCGAACCGGCUGCGCCCUCCGCCGCGAGCGCCGGCUGCGCGGGGCGAGCUCCGGACGGCGCGCGGCCCAGGCAGCGGCUCCUGCUCCGCCCGCCCUCCGCGCCGCAGGGGCCGCCACCGCCGCCGCGCCUCCAUCGGCGACCGCGCCCCCGAUCCCUGUUCCCUGGCCCGGGACGGAGCGGACGGCGCUCGGCACAGAGAGCACUCCAGACUCUGACCACUGUCAGGAAUAUCUCCGUGGAUUCCCAGGAGCCGAUCUUAAAAUUACACUGCGUUGCAAUUAGCUAAACACAUUGCACGUAGUCAAGGCACAUAGUGGACUCCCAGUAAAUAUUUGUUGAAUGACUUCUGUGCACUAUGCAGGGCUUAUUCCACUAGAAGCAAGAUGGCUGAACUCAAUACUCAUGUGAAUGUCAAGGAAAAGAUCUAUGCGGUUCGAUCAGUUGUUCCCAACAAAAGCAAUAAUGAAAUAGUUCUGGUGCUACAACAGUUUGAUUUUAAUGUAGAUAAAGCAGUGCAGGCCUUCGUGGAUGGCAGUGCAAUUCAAGUUCUAAAAGAAUGGAAUAUGACAGGAAAAAAGAAGAACAAUAAGAGAAAAAGAAGCAAGUCCAAGCAGCAUCAAGGCAACAAAGAUGCUAAAGACAAGGCAGAGAGGCCCGAAGCAGGGCCUGUGCAGCCACCUCCGCCAGAGAUACAAAAUGGCCACGUCAACGGCUGUGAGAAGGACAGCUCAUCCACUGAUUCUGCCAGUGAAAAACCAGCCCUUGCCCCCCGUGAGAAAAAGAUCUCAAUACUCGAGGAACCUUCCAAGGCACUCCGUGGGGUCACAGAAGGCAACAGACCACUGCAACAGAAACUAUCCUUAGAUGGGAACCCCAAACCUAUACAUGGAACACCAGAGGGGUCAGAUGGCCUACACUGGUCAGCUGAGCAGCCUUGUAACCCAAGCAAGCCUAAGGCAAAAACUUCUCCUGUUAAGUCCAAUGCCCCUGCAGCUCAUCUUGAAAUAAAGCCAGAUGAGUUGGCAAAGAAAAGAGGCCCAAAUAUUGAGAAAUCGGUGAAGGAUUUGCAACGCUGCACUGUGUCUCUAACUAGAUAUCGCGUCAUGAUCAAGGAGGAAGUGGAUAGUUCAGUGAAGAAGAUCAAAGCUGCCUUUGCUGAAUUACACAACUGCAUCAUUGACAAAGAAGUUUCAUUAAUGGCAGAAAUGGAUAAAGUUAAAGAAGAAGCCAUGGAAAUCCUGACUGCUCGUCAAAAGAAAGCAGAAGAACUAAAGAGACUUACUGAUCUAGCCAGUCAGAUGGCAGAGAUGCAGCUGGCCGAACUCAGGGCAGAAAUUAAGCACUUUGUCAGCGAGCGUAAAUAUGAUGAAGAGCUUGGGAAAGCUGCCCGGUUCUCCUGUGACAUUGAACAGCUAAAGGCCCAAAUCAUGCUCUGUGGAGAAAUUACACAUCCAAAGAACAACUAUUCCUCAAGAACUCCCUGCAGCUCCCUGCUGCCACUGCUCAACGCUCACGCGACCACCUCUGGGAAACAGAGUAACUUUACCAGAAAAUCAUCCAAUCACAACAAGCCCUCUGAGGGUAAAGCAGCAAACCCCAAAAUGGCGAGCAACCUUCCCAGCACCGCUGACAGCUCUCACCAGGCUGUGCCGGCUAAUAAGCAGAAUGGGUCUUCUAGCCAAAGACGAAGAUUUAAUCCGCAGUAUCACAACAACAGGCUAAAUGGGUCUGCAAAGCCCCAGGGCAGUGGUAACGAAGCUGAUCCGAUGGGGAAAGGCAACAACCGCCAUGAACACAGAAGACAGCCACACAACGGCUUCCGUCCCAAAAACAAAGGCGGCACCAAAAACCAGGAGGCCUCUUUGGGAACCAAGACCCCCGAGGCCGCAGCCCAUCCGGAAAAGCCCCGACGAAGGCAGCACGCUGCAGACAACUCGGAGGCCAGGCCUUUCCGGGGAAACGUCUCCAGGGUUUCACAGUGCAAUCUCUGCCCCACGAGAAUAGAAGUUUCCACAGAUGCCGCGGUUCUCUCCGUCCCAGCUGUGACGUUGGUGGCCUGAGCUAGGAGAGGGGAAAAAAAGCCGUUUUCAUUCAGUUUCUGUUCCCUGCCCGAGGUGCUGACCCAAUUCGCUGCCAAAAGAGAGUCAAUCCGAAUAUCCGAAUCCUGUACGGCUGUGUCAUCCUCUCUUAAUCAUUUUUUCUAAUUCUAAUAAUCAGCUCUAGCUUGCUUCAUAACUUUCAUGGCUUUGCUUGAUCUGUUGGCGCUUUUUCUCAUCAAGACUUUGCAGCAUUUUAGCCAGGCAGUAUUUACUCAUUUGUUAGGAAAAUCAAGAUGUGGCUAAAGAUCAGAGGCUCAGUAGCAACCUAUGUUGUAGCAGUGAUGUCAGUCCAUAGAUCGUCUUUAGAGAGUUCAUGUUGAAAACAAAAUUCUUACUGAUCAGACAAACUUGAUCUGCUGAAGACACGUGCGCUUUUCUAGAGUUUAACAUCUGGUGUUUUUCUGAAAAAUAUAUAUAUACAUAUAUUGCUUUAUUUGAAACCAAUUAAAAUAUGCUGCAUUUGA